AUGAGUGUUGCCCAGGGAGCCGAGCUCUUCCCGGGCUCCGGGGACCUCCCCGAGAAGGCGAUGGCCGAGCUGAAGUCCCUGGGCAGCGACCCCUACCUGGCCCUGGCUCAGAGCUACGGCCAGUCCGCCUUCGCCUACGGCCCGGGGCGCGGCGCGGCGGAGAGCCCGCGGGGCUACGCGGGCGGCGGCGGGGCUUUCCACCCCAACCCGCUGGGCAAGUCGGCGGAGAGCAGCGGCGAGCAGAGCGGGGACGAGGAGGACGCCUUCGAGCCGGCCCAGGGGAGCCCGGCGUACGAGCGGGACGGCAAACUCAAGGCGGGCGCCCUGGGGAAGAAGCCCAAGGAGCCGCGCUCGCUGCGGCUUAGCAUCAACGCCCGGGAGCGCCGGAGGAUGCACGACCUGAACGACGCGCUGGACGGGCUGCGCUCGGUCAUCCCCUACGCCCACAGCCCCUCGGUGAGGAAACUCUCCAAAAUCGCCACCCUGCUGCUGGCCAAGAACUACAUCCUCAUGCAGGCGCAGGCUCUGGAGGAGAUGAGGCGGCUCGUGGCCUACCUGAACCAAGGGCAGAGCCUCAGUACCCCUCUCCCUGCCACACUCAACCCCUUCGGACAGUCAGCGGUGUACCCCUUCUCGGGCACAGCCCUGCCCAGCUGCCCUGAGAAAUGCACUGCCUUCCCCGGGACAACCUCCACUCUCUGCAAACACUGUCAUGAUAAACCUUGAUUUCUUUUGCCUGUCCGCUUUUCUUCCCACUCCAUCAGCCCUGGCUUCCAACCAUCAGUUAAGUUUCUUUUUUUUCUUUUGUAUUUGACUAUUUCUUUUGCUCUCUCAUUGGGAAAUAUUUGAAAGCUGUUUGGACAAAACAACCCCGCCGUUUUAAAGUUCACUUAGCUAAAAUUCUGUAAAAUGCUCCCCACCCCUCUAUGGUUUUUAAUGCAAUCAUGCUGCUUGCAACUUUCUGUAGUGUUUUUUUUUUAUUAUUUUCUUCCCAGCCUGUUAAUGGAUUAACUUUGAGCAUAACUUUUGCCUAUCAACUUGCUUUGGCCCACAAAGUUUCUUGGUCCGUUUAAACAAAGUUUUUAAAACACACCCAUACACAGAGAGAAAAUCUGGAAAUGGAAAUCUCAGUGAGUUUUCUUUGGAUUGGAUCAACCUGGGUAAAAACUAUGCAAUGUUUUCAGAAUGCAAAAUCACCUAUAAAAAGGGGGAAAUUAAUCUAAUAGUGCCCAAGAAUUAAACUAAAAUGCCAUCUGAUCAGCUCUCAGGUGUUUGUUGUGGUGUUGGUAAAACCAUGGAAGCUUUACAAUUAUUAGUUUAUUUUCAAGUUAAGAACCCAUUCUUGGACUGACAAAAGUAUUUUGAUUGUACACUGUUGCCUGCUUUUUUGCCUGUUUCUCAACUUGGUUGGGUUUUCCAGAUGAUUUUCCAAAGUCAUUGCUCAUCUUUGGUAAACAAAACAUAAAAUCACUCAACGUAUUAAAGUGUAUUUAUAACAAAUAAAAGACAUGAAUAACCACUUACUCUGUCCUACAUCUCUCUAAACCAGUUGGCAGUCUAAGCAAAAUAAAUGAUGAAGUCAAUGUAAGGUGUAAAGAAACAUCAUUUGGAUUAGACUGGUG